UUUCUGAAUACCAACUUUCUUAAUUUCUUUUCACAAAAGAAAUUAAGAAAGUAUCAAAUUAAAUUCAGAAAUGGAGGCAUCAAAGAUAAAUCAAUUCUUUGUUGCUAUGGUGGUGGUCAUGAUGAUGGCAGCAUCAACUGUUUCAGCUGUAGAAGCACCAGCUCCAAGUCCUACAUCUGAUGCUACAACCCUCUUUGUGCCAACAAUAAUUGCUUCAUUUGUUGCUCUUGUUUUUGGAUUUGUUUUCUAAAUUUAUGAAACAUGGUUAUUUACCAUAACAAUUCUUUAAAGGAUUGAUUUGUAUUGGUUUCAUGUAUUAAAUUAUUAUUCA